GUGGAGAAACCAAGGCUCACCUUAUAAACAUGACCUCUUCCCUAAGGCAUAGUGCAUUCAGCUGUGUGACAACCUAGAGCCAUCUCUGCCAUGAAGAUCCUUUGGGGUCUCCUUGUGCUCUGCACGCUGAGCCAUUUCUGCAGCAGUUCAGAAGUCAACAGUAAGCCCUUAACAACUGUUGACUGCAGCAUUUACAAGAAGUACCCAGUGGUGGCCAUCCCUUGCCCCAUCACGUACCUGCCAGUUUGUGGUUCUGACUAUAUCACCUAUGGGAAUGAAUGUCACUUGUGUACAGAGAGCUUGAAAAGUAAUGGAAAAAUUCAGCUUCUUCAUGAAGGACAAUGCUAACUUCCCCCUGGGUGUGAAUAGAAUGCCGUGAUAUUUCAUCAUCUUCUCAUUCCUGGGCUCUGACUACACUCUUUCAAUCUCCGCUGAUGUUCUGUGUAGGCAGAGCCAGAUCCAGUCAUCACUGCAGAAUGAAGAAAAUCACUGUGUUGUUUCCUACAGACUCAUGCCUGACUGACAGAUUGGCUUAUUUUAUACCUCAAUAAAGACUCAUCAUUCCCUUGUGUUUAUAUGUA